UGUCAGCCUCUUCGUCCUUAGUCACAUUUGCGCGUCCCUAGUCCAGUUGGAGGGUCGGACCCUCUCUGCGCGUUGGUGGGAAGGGCACUCCGUGUAAACAACAGACGCCACCAGGCUUCCGGCCGAGGAUCCGUCCUGGCUCUCCAGAGUUUGGCUUUCGCGGCCCCAGUCCAGCUUCUCAGCCACAGGUUCAGCCAAACCUCACUCCCGUAAGGGGCCUUUGAGGACAGCGCUCCUGCCUGUGGUCUGCUGUCCGGAAGCAGUGCACGCCCAGCUCUACUCCAGGAAGUGAAAAUGUGAUGCCCCGAGAGCCACUGAUUGCCACAGCAGUGAAGUUUCUACAGAAUUCUCGUGUCCGCCAGAGCCCACUCGCGACCAGGAGAGCAUUCCUUAAGAAGAAAGGGCUGACAGACGAAGAGAUCGAUGUGGCUUUCCAGCAGUCAGGCACGGCUGCCGAAGAGCCUUCGUCCUUGGGCUCAGCCACACAGGUGGUUCCUGUCCAGCCCCCUCACCUAAUUUCUCAGCCAUACAGCCCUGGGGGUUCCCGAUGGAGAGACUACAGUGCCUUGGCUGUCAUCAUGGCGGGCAUUGCAUUCGGCUUCCACCAACUCUACAAGAAAUACCUGCUCCCCCUGCUCAUGGGCGGCCGAGAGGACAGGAUGCAGCUGGGGAGGAUGGAGGCGAGUCUCUCGGAGCUGAGUGGCAGCGUGGCACAGACAGUGACUCAGUUACAGGUGACAUUAGCUUCUGUCCAGGAGCUGCUGAUUCAGCAGCAGCAGAAAGUCCAGGAGCUCGCCCAUGAACUGGCCACAGCGAAGGCCACCACAUCCACCAACUGGAUCCUGGAGUCCCAGAAUAUCAAUGAACUCAAGUCGGAAAUUAACUCCUUGAAAGGGCUUCUUUUAAACCGGAGGCAGUUCCCACCCUCCCCUUCAGCCCCGAAGAUCCCCUCCUGGCAGAUCCCGGUCAAGUCUCCGUCGCCCUCCAGCCCCGCCGUGAACCACCACAGCAGCAGCGACAUCUCGCCUGUCAGCAACGAGUCCGCGUCGUCCUCGCCCGUGAAGGAGGGCCACAGCCCCGAGGGCUCCACGGCCUACCACCUGCUGGGGCCCCAGGAGGAGGGCCAGGGGGUGGUGGACGUCAAGGGCCAGGUGAGAAUGGAGGUGCAGGGCGAGGAGGAGAAGCGGGGGGACGAGGAGGACGAGGACGAGGACGUGAGCCACGUGGACGAGGAGGGCUGCCUGGGGGUGCAGCGGGAGGACCGCCGGGGCGGGGACGGCCAGAUCAACGAGCAGGUGGAGAAGCUGCGGCGGCCGGAGGGGGCCAGCAACGAGAGCGAGCGGGACUAGGCCCACGGGUCCCUCACGAGGUGGCCGGGGGGCGCUCUGAGCCAGGUGGGCACCAGGGCCUAGGGCAGUGUGAGGCCCAGGCACACCUGGCCUUUCUCCUGGGCUGCAUUUCUGUCCACCCAGCCUCCCCUCACCUGCCGCUUCCUCAGCUCAGCCUGGACGGCCGGCCUUGACCUUGUUGUCAUGUGGGCUGAAGGCCCGACUCUGGGCUCGAGGCCCCCUCAGCCCGGUUUCCUGGACCCCUGGACCCCUGGCUUGUCCAGGGUGUGUCUGCUGAGCGUCUUAGCUAACCUAACACCGUGCAUGACAAGAGGUACUUCUUACCUGACUCCCUGCUCUCCAAGGAGGAGGAGCUGCUUUGACCAGGUGUCCGCUGUCCGCCCCUGCCCCUGCCCCGUGGCUCCUCCCUUCGCUUAUGCCAGGGCCAGGGGCUCUCGUCUGUCCCCACCGCUCCUCUCUCUCCGGUGAGAGCCUCCCAGGCCCAUGGCCGGGCCUGCCCGACUGAUGCCGCCCUCUGCCUGUCCCAACCCCACCGUGCCUGUCGUCCUCCCCGUGAGCCCCUGCGUGUCCAGCUGCCCCUGCUUCCAUGGCCUCAGCUGCGGCCCGUGGCAGACGUGGCUGUCCCUCCACGCGGAGCCGGGCCUCGGGCCUUCCUGUGGUCCUACCCACCCAGAAACAUGUUCAUUUGUGCGAUCAGGUAUAGGUUCAGAAUAUAAGAUACGACUGUAUAUAAUUGUAAUAAAUAUGAGUUGCCACUAUUUAAUUCCCGCCUGUGGCUCCCUGU